AUGGGCAGCUACGACCACGGCGAUUUCUUGAGGGAUCACUUUGGUCCGGCUGCAUUUUUUGCCCAACAACCACUCUCGAUGAGUGUGCCAGAGGCUUCAUCGGGCCUCUCAAUCAGUUUGCCGACUAGCAUUUCAUGUCAGCUUGGAAGUCCAACCUACAGCCACAGUUUCUGCACUCCUCGCACGAUUGCACCUCAUCCAGGUUACAUGCCCGCUCCCCCAACCCAUGGAUACCACUCUGAAGAGGCGUAUGCCAUCACUAGUCACUCGGCUAGUGCAAGAGGUCGAAGCUGGAGCGGAGCGAGCACAGUCAGUGCAGACUACAGUGUUGCAAGCCAACAGGCAACGCCUAGGUCAUCCUACUCUUGCAUCGAUCCCUGCAAUCAGUAUCGAGUACUAGACGACAACCACACUCAUCACACUGGGGGGCCUGCAUUGCAUUCCCGAGGACAAUCACCGCUGCUUCAGGAGGAUAAAGAGCUUGCGCCAAAACAAGAAGGCGAUGGGAUCAUUUCGCCGAGUAGCAAGGCUGUUGCAGAUAAUCGGACGUUCUGUACCCAUCAAGACUGUUUGGGUGAGGACGGAAGCCCCAAAAAAUUCUUCAGCCGCAAAGCAGAUGUAACCAGACACUACAAGUCUCGACACGACAUCAAAUACAUUGACUGCCCAAAGAAAAACUGCGAGAGAAAGGGCAGCCAAGGCUUCACAAGGCGAGAUCAUCUGACCGAGCACCUUCGAGGUUUCCACAUGGAAAAGAUUGCAAAGAGACAGAUUGCUAAUACCAAGGUCAAGCGAGGUGAGAAACAUGCCAGUGAGGACAGCAGCUCUUCCAACAGCUCGUCUGAAGCUGUCACUCCACCCGAGCAUGGCGAUGAGAUCUUUGACUUUUCCUGUGGGAAACAUAUCUUUGAGGAACACAUUGAUCAGGCCAUCAAACAGGAGUCUCGUCAAUCAUCCGAUGAAGAGGGAGAUAAUAUCUCUCCCUUGUAUGAAGAUUGUCUUCCUAAGAGGACGAAUCGGAAACGAAGCUUUGCAAAACACGUUGACCAAAGCGUCAAACAGGAGUCUCCUCAAUCGUCUGAUGGAGACGGCGACGAUAGCUUCCCAGGGCAUGAAGACUGUCUUCCUAAGAGGACGAAGCAGUUCAAGAACGCAACACAGAAGCGCAAGAUCAAAAUAAGGCAAAGCAAUAUACUAUCUCAACACUCUCGUACAGGUGGCGCGGCUCAACCCAAUCCUCAUGGAAUGAGUUUCCAGCCCGAAUUCGCAACGUCUCGAAUGAUGCCUGACUCCCCAGUGUACACAACGCACCACCAGCACCAACACCAAGUUUACACCACAAGCGGCAUGAUGGCUUCUCUCUACACUGCAAAUUCUAGUAUGGACUCAUUCUACGGCCCUUCGUCGAUGAUACAGGCCUAUGAGAACCUUCCAACCCAGACAAUGGCUCGCUACCGAGUAGAGCCUCAUGAUGACGAAUCUCAUUUCCAAUCUCUGCAAAGCAACCCAUACCGUAGGGGGACGUCCGGCACUGGGAACUACCUUCUAACUUCUCAACCUGAGUGA